AUGACAUUCGGUGGUCCUGCAUUUUCGCCGACGGUUGAAGAAGAACCCGAGGAUGUCGAUGCAAUGGAAGAACUCGACCUUCGAGAGAGUGCCAUAAACGGCAACUUCAAGUCUCUCCCAACUUUACCUCCUCCCACCACCUCCCCAUCUCCUCUUUCAAAACGCAGUAGUCGCCGAAACAAACCUGCUCACAGUACUUUGGGUCCGCUAGCCGAGGAGCCUCCUCUUGCACUCAAGAGCCCAUCAAAGAAGAAAGAUCCCAUUGAACAUCAACCAGCUGUGUCUCCCAAUGUCAAUCCAUUCGGAAAGGAGCAAACCCUUCCAGAGCUCUUUACCUCCGUUUCUCCUAUUCAUGGAGGCAAUCUCUCCCACACUCCCUCUCCUGAGCAUAGUCUACCUAUGUGGGCAAUCGAUGAGGAGGCCCCAUCUCCAAUUCAUGAAAAUUUCGGCGGUGACGGUAGCCCUCGCCGGACAGCCGUGAAGGGCCCCCGAAGCCAACCUGGACGGUCUGCUAGAAGCAACUCAACCCCAAAGCCUAUGGAGUCUCUAAUGGGUCCUGGAUCACCGGUCGGUUUACCCCUUAUCACAGGCACUCAAGGAAGCGACUGGAGGAAAUCAACAGACACUUUGCAUAGAAAUAACACUGAUGGAGCCGACGGAUCAUAUCGACGAAGCCGUGGAUCCCGUGGUUCUCUCGUAGGCGCCAUUGGUUCAUCCAUAAUUCCUUCACCUCCAUCACAAAGCGGUCGGCAACGAAGUGGAACAGUUCGGGACCGUGUCACCAUAUGGGAAGAUGCCAAUCGAAGUGCCUCGCCACCCAAGCCAGAAGCAGCUCACCUUGUAGGGAACUAUACGAUCUCCGAUCAAAAUAGUUCCCCGAUCCGUCUGCAGAACAGCAUUCCCAGAUCCCUGUCUAAAAGUCGACACUCACCCACACGUGCUCCUAGCCAGCGAGGACCGCCUACGCCCAACUCAGCGAGAAGAGGCAUGACAACUCCAACUGGGAAAGCUCUUGGUCUUGGGAUUGGGUGUACGGCUACUCCGGGCAGCUUGUAUGAUGGUGAUGGGUUCCUAAGAGAGUAA